CUGUCGUUGAUCAAUCAAUCCCUAAUCAGUACACCUACCCGCGCCAACAACCGCUGGCAGCUACCUACCUACUUUGCCCCCUCCUUUGACAUCUCCCUUUGCUACUCUGUACUGCGCAAGAACAAGGAACGCACAUACACGUUCUUUCUCUAUAAAUAAAACACCCCGGAAUCAUGUUUCCCUUUUCUCUUCUUCCUCCAUUCUUCCUAAGAAACUCGCCCUUUCUUUCUCCCGGCGAUCUUGCCGGCUCUCCGACCGCCAUUGUUGCAGAUUAUCCGUAAGCAUUGCACAAGCUCUCUCAGAUGAAUAUGGAUGGUCACAUUACUAAAGAGUUUGGACUGAAGAAUGUAAGCUCCCACUGCUCCAUCUCAGAGAUGGAUGACUUUGAUCUCUCAAAGCUUCUUGACAAGCCAAGGCUGAACAUAGACAGGCAGAGAUCCUUUGAUGAGAGAUCACUGAGUGAAAUGUCCAUUGGCCUUGCUAGAGGUUUAGAUAACUAUGAAAUGUCUUAUUCCCCCAGUAGGUCAGGCUUGGACACCCCUGUUUCAUCCACCCGAAACUCAUUUGAGCCCCAUCCAAUGGUUUCCGAGGCAUGGGAUUCUCUACGCCGAUCUUUGGUUUAUUUUAGAGGCCAACCAGUUGGUACAAUCGCUGCCAAUGAGCAUGGUGAAGAAGAAGUCCUAAAUUAUGAUCAGGUUUUUGUUCGUGAUUUUGUACCUAGUGCACUUGCCUUCCUCAUGAAUGGUGAGCCUGAAAUAGUUAAGAAUUUCUUGCUGAAAACACUUCUGCUUCAAGGUUGGGAAAAGAAAGUGGACAGAUUCAAGCUGGGUGAAGGAGUUAUGCCAGCCAGUUUCAAAGUUCUUCAUGAUCCGAUUCGUAAGAUAGAUACAGUCAUAGCAGACUUUGGUGAGAGCGCAAUUGGAAGAGUGGCUCCAGUUGACUCUGGAUUUUGGUGGAUCAUUCUUCUCCGUGCCUAUACAAAAUCUACGGGAGAUACCUCUCUUGCUGAAAGACCGGAGUGCCAAAAGGGGAUGAGACUUAUACUCACUCUCUGCUUGUCAGAAGGAUUUGAUACCUUUCCCACCUUGCUAUGUGCUGAUGGAUGUUCGAUGAUUGAUAGAAGAAUGGGAGUUUAUGGUUAUCCUAUUGAAAUCCAAGCACUCUUUUUCAUGGCAUUGAGAUGUGCUUUGACGAUGUUAAAGCAUGAUGGAGAAGGAGAAGAAUGUAUUGAGAGGAUAGUAAAGCGUCUACAUGCCUUGAGUUACCACAUGAGAAGUUAUUUCUGGCUUGACUUCCAACAACUCAAUGACAUAUACCGUUUUAAAACUGAAGAAUAUUCUCAUACAGCAGUCAACAAGUUCAAUGUUAUUCCGGAUUCGAUCCCGGAUUGGGUGUUUGAUUUCAUGCCCACACGAGGCGGUUACUUUAUUGGAAAUGUCAGUCCAGCAAGGAUGGACUUUAGAUGGUUUGCAUUGGGGAAUUGUGUUGCGAUCUUGGCAUCUCUCGCCACUCCAGAGCAAGCCACUGCGAUCAUGGAUCUCAUUGAAGCACGCUGGGAGGAGCUUGUUGGGGAAAUGCCUUUAAAAAUAUCUUAUCCUGCGCUUGAAAAUCAUGAGUGGAGGAUAGUGACUGGUUGUGAUCCGAAAAACACUAGAUGGAGUUACCAUAAUGGAGGAUCUUGGCCAGUGCUGUUGUGGAUGUUGACUGCGGCGUGCAUCAAGACUGGACGGCCACAAAUUGCGAAAAGGGCAAUUGAUCUAGCAGAGAGCCGCUUGCUGAAGGAUGGGUGGCCCGAAUAUUAUGAUGGAAAGGUUGGAAGAUUUGUCGGCAAACAGGCCAGGAAGCAGCAGACGUGGUCAAUCGCUGGGUAUCUGGUGGCGAAGAUGAUGCUAGAAGAUCCUUCACAUUUGGGGAUGAUAUCCUUGGAAGAGGACAAGCAAAUGAAGCCUGUAAUGAAGAGAUCAUCUUCCUGGACAUGUUAAAUAAGUUAAAAAAAAAGAUUAAGGUUAAAGUGAUUCUUUUAACAAUAUUCAUUUGUGUCUAUGUCUGUAGUUCUUACUCACAGAGAGGAACUUGGUAAGCAUAUUUUUUUGACUAGCCCCUUGCUUGUCAAAACUAAACUCUUAUGCUUGAUGAUUGUGUUCCAUUGGUAAACAUACUUUACUUCUUCCUGCAUUGGAUUUUAUAAUCAGCUUUCAUCAGUUCAAAUUCAGCAUCUCAUUAUUGCUAUAAUAAUACGAAUUAAAAAGCAUUCUGAUC